AUGGAACAGUUGAACGCUAAAGACUAUCGCAGAAGUCUUUACCAAGGAAUCCUAGCUCCAGCUCAGGCAAGGAAACGUGAACAUGGUCCAAGACGCUCUUGUAGCUCCUCUUCACCUUUACCCGUUAUGAUAAAACGCCAUAAACCCACGGUCCCCUCAGAAUUACGUCUGGAAAGUAUUAUGCACCAACCAGAAUGGACAACUUCACGAAGAUGCGCAAACUGCAGUACGAAAAUAAAUCCAGCGCGUACUGUAUGGCAGUGUAGCACCUGUAAAGUGCCCUUGUGUAUUCGUAAAGAUAAAAUGUGUUUCCAGGAGUUCCAUAAAAAAUAA